GGGGACAACCCCCCACUCUGCUCUCUCUAUUUCUCUAGCGGAAGCCAUUGACGUUAAACCUUCUCUGCAUAUAUCUCCGCUAGGGUUUUACUUUCUUCUACAUCUUCCCGUCCGGUCGAUUUGGCGUCGGAUUUCAUACUCGUCGCCGGGAAACUGAAAGAAAUGGGCUCUUCUUCUCUCCUCCUCAGAUCUGCGGCUGUCUCCCCUGCUCUCCAUGCCUCUUCAGCUUCCCAUCGAUCCCAGGCAUCUUUUUCUGGCUUCAAUCAAGGCUCCAAUUCUAUCAAGUUCGAAUCAAGCAUCUCUGGCUCAACUCAUCUGAAUCUUCGCGCAUCUUCAUUGCAUCUAAGGAAUGGUUCCCAUGGCAUUCAACCUGCUAAAGCUACUGCCACAGAACUGCCUCCAGCAAUCCCAAAAUCCCAAAAUACUGAGAAGACAAGGGUUGGGAUCAAUGGGUUUGGGAGGAUUGGAAGGUUAAUUUUGCGAAUAGCAACAUCAAGGGAUGACAUUGAUGUGGUUUCCGUCAAUGACCCUUUCAUUGAUGCGAAUUACAUGGCAUAUAUGUUCAAGUAUGAUUCCACCCAUGGUGUUUUCAAGGGAACCAUCAGGGUAUUGGAUGGUUCUACUCUAGAAAUCAACGGGAAGCCUAUCAAAGUUAUCAAUAAGAGAGACCCGGCGGAUAUUCCUUGGGGUGAUUUUGGAGCGGAUUUUGUCGUUGAGUCUUCUGGUAUCUUCACCACAGUGGAGAAAGCAUCAGUGCACAAGAAGGGUGGUGCAAAGAAGGUUGUGAUCUCAGCUCCAUCUGCUGAUGCACCUAUGUUUGUGGUGGGAGUUAAUGAGAAGACAUACAAAUCAAGCAUGGAUGUCGUUUCCAAUGCCAGUUGUACCACUAACUGUCUUGCUCCUUUGGCCAAGGUGGUUCAUGAGGAGUUUGGUAUUGUGGAGGGUUUAAUGACAACCGUGCAUGCUACCACAGCUACACAAAAGACAGUAGAUGGACCUUCAAUGAAGGAUUGGAGAGGAGGGCGUGGAGCUGGACAAAACAUAAUCCCCAGUUCAACUGGUGCAGCAAAGGCCGUCGGGAAAGUUCUUCCAGCACUCAACGGGAAGCUUACGGGAAUGGCAUUCCGUGUCCCCACGCCCAAUGUCUCUGUUGUGGACCUAACAUGCCGACUUGAGAAGAGUGCUUCUUAUGAGGAUGUCAAAGCAGCCAUUAAACAUGCAGCAGAAGGUCAAAUGAAGGGCAUUCUUGGUUACACGGAUGAAGAUGUUGUGUCAAAUGAUUUUGUUGGUGAUUCUAGAUCAAGCAUUUUCGAUGCCAAGGCUGGCAUAGGUUUGAACAACUCACUUAUGAAGUUGGUGUCGUGGUAUGAUAAUGAGUGGGGUUACAGCAAUAGGGUGUUGGAUUUGAUAGGGCACAUGGCACUAGUUGCUGCCUCAAGCUAAGGAGCACACCAUUGUUGAUGAUGAUGAUGACAGUGAUACUGUGAGAAUUAGACGGGGACGGUAGAGAGUGAUUGUAUUUGUUGGUUGUGUCCUCUUUUUUUGUUUGUUUGUCUGUUUUUACUUUAAUGUCCCUCUCCCCAUUCUUUUCCUUUUAUUUAAAAAAAAAGAAGAAAAAGGUAGCCAAAUAAUUUGGAGGGAAUUGCUCCUGGUUUGUCUUGUUUUGGAAAUUGCCAAAUCCCCCUUCAGUCUUUUUGCGACUGAACACUCUUUUGUUCUCAUAUUAAUUAUUGCUCCCUUUAUUUUGGUGAGUCUUAAUGUUCUUUU